AUGGAUGAUAAUGAACAAACUUCUCAACAAUAUAUUGAUGGUGUUCUUGACCCUUUUAAUGGAUAUCAAAAUCCAGUAAUUUCCGAACCAACGCCAUUUUCUAUCAUGGGUAAUUUAGCAUUGGAUAAAAUUCCAAAUUGA